UCCCUUGGCUGACCGGCGGCGUCUAGAACCUUCGGCCCGGCAGCCCAGCGCGGCGGCUCCUGCGCGCGAGGCCGCGGGUGGUCUUCCGCCGUCCUGCCCGGCGCCUCAGGAAAUAAAUGUUAAUAUGGAGAAUGAUUUUAAGACUGAGUCAUCAUCAUCUACCUUUACUCUUCAAAGUUCUUCAGAGACAUUGUUUUCUAUUCAGCUAUUAGAUUUCAAAACAAGUUUACUGGAGGCAUUAGAAGAAUUACGUAUGAGAAGGGAAGCAGAAACUCAAUAUGAAGAGCAGAUUGGUAAAAUUAUUGUGGAGACACAAGAACUUAAAUGGCAAAAUGAAACUCUUCGGAAUCAAAAGGAAACAUUAGCAAAGCAACACAAAGAAGCAAUGACAGUUUUUAAAAAGCAGUUGCAAAUGAAGAUGUGUACCUUGGAAGAAGAAAAGGGAAAAUAUCAACUUGCUACAGAAAUAAAAGAAAAAGAAAUAGAAGGAUUGAAGGAAACAUUAAAAGCACUACAGGUUUCUAAAUAUUCUUUACAGAAGAAAGUGAGUGAAAUGGAACAAAAAGUCCAGUUGCAUCUUCUGGCUAAAGAAGAUCAUCAGAAGCAAUUGAAUGAAAUUGAGAAAUACUAUGCCACAAUAACAGGUCAAUUUGGAUUGGUAAAGGAAGAUCACAAAAAGUUAGAACAAAAUGUACAGGAAGCAAUACAGUUAAACAAAAGACUUUCAGCUUUAAAUAAAAAACAAGAAUCUGACAUAUGCAGUUUAAAGAAGGAGCUAAAAAAAGUAACCUCAGACUUGAUAAAGUCCAAGAUCGCGUGUCAACAUAAGAUGGGAGAAGAAAACAUCAGUUUAACAAUUAGAGAACAGAAAUUUCAAGAACUUCAAGAAAGAUUCAACAUGGAAUUGGAAUUAAAUAAGAAGAUUAAUGAAGAGAUUAUCCAUAUUCAAGAAGAAAAACAGGAUAUCAUCGUUUCUUACCAAAAUAUGCAACAAUUACUUCAGCAACAGACUCAAGCUAAUACUGAAAUGGAAGCAGAAUUGAAGGUGCUAAAGGAAAAUACUCAGACCCUUGAAAGAGAUAAUGAGCUGCAAAGGGAGAAGGUAAAAGAAAAUGAAGAAAAGUUCCUUAAUCUUCAAAAUGAGCAUGAGAAGGCACUAGGAACUUGGAAAAAGCAUGUUGAAGAACUUAAUGGUGAAAUUAAUGAGAUUAAAAAUGAGUUAUCAUCACUUAAAGAAACUCAUAUUAAGUUACAAGAACAUUACAACGAAUUAUGCGAUCAGAAAAAGUUUCGGGAAGACAAGAAAUUUCAGAAUCUUCCAGAAGUAAAUACUGAGAACAGUGAAGUGUCAGUGGAAACAUCAGAAAACACCGUCCUACAGAAAUGUAACUCUGGGCAAGAGACAUGGGAAGAAAGCACUGUGCAUUUUUGUUCAGAUACUGAAUACAGAGAAGAGGAGGAACAGAAAGAAGACCCACUUACAGAAGAAAUCACUGAAGAUCUGCAGCUUUUUGAAAAAAGCUCCAAGAAUGAAAUUGAUACUACUGUACCUCUGGAUGAAAAUCAAAGUGAAAUCUCCCUGAGCAGAACCCUCUGCAAAGAAAAAGGACUAGUUAGUCAAGGACAAAGCCUGAAUGUUACCGACUUUAGAAAAGCAGUCACUACAGAAGUAAAAGAUAAGGUGGGCUUGGGAAAAGACAAUGGAUGUACAGAAUUUAAAUCUCCAAAUAAUUCUUUUUUAGUGGUGGAUAUAUCAAUAGAAACAGAAAAGAUACACAUAGAAAGAAUUGAAGGAUUAGGUCUUCACCAGGCAGAUGUACAUCUGGAGGCUGAAAAUAACAGAAUCUCAUUUAACAGUAUCUUCAAUGAGACAGCUCACGAUACAGAUCAGAAAGAUGUUUCUGAAGAUGAACAAAAUGCCAGAGAGAAGGAAAUUACAGACAGUGACCAAACCAAAGCAGAUCUGGAUUCAUCUCUAGAUGUAAAAAAGAAUCCUGUUGUGUGUCAGAAGUACAUUUUAGAGGAUUCAAAUGAUGUUAUGUUAGAUGAUAAACAAUGUGAAAAAAACCAAAAUCAACUGUUAAAUAAAAACAAUGACAACAUACUGCCAUUUAAACAAACUUCCAGUUGUCAGCAAGUCUGUGAUACUUCAGAGAAACCUGAACUGACGACUCCCUGUCACACAGCAGUCCACCUCCCCACUUCAUGUGCUGCUUUCAGUGAUAAUCUGAAAGUACUUAGGAAUUCAGAUAAAAAUGGUAAUGUAAUGUCUGUGUUCCUGAAACCCAACUCAAGCCCUGGGAACAGAACUAUAUGGAAAAAUCUGAAGGAUAUGCAAAACAGUCAAUUUAAGAAUUGUCUGGGAUAUUUGGAAAACAAUGUGACCACCUCCCAUCUUGAGGUUAACAAUGAGAAUAUACAUGCUUCACAAACCAAAGAUGUGAACACUGCUGUUCACAAGAAGACUUCCACAGAAACACAGUUUUCCAAUGAAGAGAGUCAGACUGAUGACAAUCAGAUAACAGAAGCCACAAAAAAUGACCUCUUCCUUUUUGUGACUGUUAAUGAAAGACAGCACACACUGUUAAAUAAUACAGAGAAAACAGAGUCAUUAAAUGACAUCGUUUCAGGAAAAAUUUACAGUGAAGGACAGCUGGAAGAGUCAUGUUCUUUUCACAUAGAGGCAUCUGCAGAUUUAGUAAACAGAAGUGGAAGGUCAGCCUUUGAUCUUUCAACUUCAGAUAAAAAAACUGAGAAAACUCCAGUAUAUGUGAAUUUUUUAGACCCCAGUCCUUGGUCAAAAGUAAAUCAAACUGAAAGUCAAACAGUGAGCACUUCAACUUCCAGCAUUCCUUUGUUGCUGAAGGAGAGACCAAUAGGUCCAUCAGAAAACAAAAAGACUGUUUCUAUGACACUUUGUAAAAAUGUUGCUGUCUAUGACGGCAGGGAGGAUAUUGGACCAGAUACUACCAGCAUCGACAGAGCUGCUGACACUUUGAAUAACUCGAGCAUCCAUCCAGAUCCCAAGGGAGAGCCCAGUGAAGCGAGGAAUGCGACUGCAAAGACUUUUUAUGAUUCUUCUUUUCCCACAGAACAUGUGAAAACAAAGCCUCUGAAAUCAACUCUGCUACAAAGCCAUUUCCAGGCAAUCAAGAUUAAAGAUACUGAUUCUGCUAGUGAAGAUGACUGGCAGAGCUUGAUAACAAAUCAAAUAAACAAAAUAGAAAAGUUCCUAAGCUUAGAAAACGAAAACCAACCUAAAAAAAGAAAAGCAGAAGAGAUGUUGGAAAAAACAACAGAUUAAAAUAAUGCUUUGAUAAAUGCUUUCAGUGGUGAA